AUGGCACCCCCCAGACCCCUUCUGAUGCUGGCCCUGCUGGCAUGGGCUGUUCUGGCCGACCAAGAGUCGUGCAAGGGCCGCUGCACGGAGGGCUUCAAUGCUGACACGAAGUGUCAGUGCGAUGAGCUCUGCUCUUACUACCAGAGCUGCUGUGCCGACUACAUGGACGAGUGCAAGCCCCAAGUGACUCGCGGGGAUGUAUUCACUCUGCCCGAGGAUGAAUAUGGAGUCUCUGACUACCGUGAACAGACCGAACACAACGCCAGCAUCCACCCACAGCCAGAGAACCCCAUCCAGAGCCCUGACCUGCAGCAGCGUCCUGUUCCGAACCUUGAGGAAGAAGGCCCAGAGCCUGAGAGGGUGACCCUAAGGACUGAGGUGGUGGCUCUAGGGCCUGGGACCAGUGACCUAGAGUCCCCAGUGGAGGAGGAGCUGUGCAGUGAGAAGCCUUUUGACGCCUUCACCAAUCUCAAAAACGGUUCCCUCUUUGCCUUCCGAGGGCAGUACUGCUAUGAGCUGGAUGAAAAGGCAGUGAGGCCUGGGUACCCUAAGCUCAUCCGAGACGUCUGGGGCAUCGAGGGCCCCAUUGAUGCUGCCUUCACUCGCAUCAACUGUCUGGGGAAGACCUAUCUCUUCAAGGGUAGCCAGUACUGGCGUUUCGAGGAUGGUGUCCUGGACCCCGACUACCCUCGCAACAUCUCUGAAGGCUUCAAGGGCAUCCCGGACAACGUGGAUGCGGCCUUGGCCCUCCCUGCCCAUAGCUACAGUGGCCGGGAGCGGGCCUACUUCUUCAAGGGGAAACAGUACUGGGAGUACACGUUCCAGCAGCAGCCCAGUCAGGAGGAGUGUGAAGGCAGCUCCCUGUCUGCUGUGUUUGCGCGCUUCGCCCUAAUGCAUCGGGACAGCUGGGAGGACAUCUUUGAGCUUCUCUUCUGGGGCAGAUCGCUUGGUGGUGCCAGCGAGCCCAAGUUCAUCAGCCAGCACUGGCCAGGUGUACCGGAGCAGGUGGACGCCGCCAUGGCUGGCCACAUCUACGUCUCAGGCUCCGCUCCCCGCUCCUCCUGGGCCAAAAAAACCAAGUCUGCACGUCGCAACCGCAAACGCUACCGCUCUCGCCACGGUCGCCGCCGUAGCCGUUACUCACGCCCGCCUAUCCGCUCAGCCUGGCAGUCCUGGUUCUCCAGUGAGGAGAGCGGGCUGGGAACCUACUCUGACUACGACAUGGACUGGCUGGUGUCUGCCUCCUGCGAGCCCAUUCAGAGCGUCUACUUCUUCUCGGGAGACAAGUACUAUCGAGUCAACCUUCGCACCCGGCGCGUGGACACCGUGAACCCGCCCUACCCACGCUCCAUCGACACGUACUGGCUGGGCUGCCCAGCUCCUGGCCACCAGUAG